AUGUCUAACAAUUAUAAUCCGUCCAAUAUAGGAUAUUUCAAUUAUUCAGACAAUAAAGAUAACAACAAUAAAACUAAUAGAGCUAAUUCAAAUACUCCUCCACCUUCGUUCCAGGAUUUCGAUCCUACCAACCCAUCCCAUAAUGUAGAUGAUUUACAAAGCCCCCUCCAAUUGUUAAAUGGGGAUCAUAUUGAUGAAAAAAAGCCAAAUGAUGGCACGACAACUAAUACUCGUAAUAUAUUCGAAGAUAUUGAAUUAAAUAAUGAAAUCGAGGAUUUUAAUGAUACAGCAUUAGGUCACAAUCAUUUAGAUGAUACUGGGACAAGUUAUGGCUCCCCCAUAUCAAAUUCAUCGACUAUUUUAGGCUCACCUGCUUCUCAUUUGAAAAAUAAAUUUAAAUUCACUAAUAAUCAUUCCAAAAGUGAUAGUAGUGGGAGUAAAAGUAAUGAUACAAAUAUUAAUAGUAAAAAAAAAAAAAGCAAUACAAAGAAUAAAACUUUGAAAUGGGCUAAAAAAAACUUAUAUGAUACUUUUGAAGAAUUUAAUAUGCAUCAUGAUACUACAAUUGAAGAUGAUAUGAAGAAAAAUAGAUCCGCUGAAUUAAGAUCCAUCUAUUUCAAUUUGUCAUUACCCGAGUCUAUGCUAGAUGAAGAGGGAAACCCUGCCACUAUAUAUCCACGUAAUAAGAUUAGGACUACCAAAUAUACUCCACUUUCUUUUAUACCAAAAAACUUAAUCUUUCAAUUUAAAAAUUUCGCCAAUAUUUAUUUCUUAUGUUUAAUUAUCUUAGGUGCCUUCCAAAUUUUUGGUGUUACAAAUCCAGGUUUUGCGGCAGUUCCAUUGAUUGUGAUUGUUUGUAUUACUGCCAUUAAAGACGGGUUCGAAGAUUCAAGAAGAACAGUGUUAGAUAUGAAAGUAAAUAACACCAAGACUCACAUUUUCGAAGGUAUUACAAAUGAAAACGUAAGUGUCGAUAAUGUUUCGUGGUGGAGAAAAUUUAAAAAGGCUAAUACCAGACUAUUAUUCAAAUUUAUUAAUUGGGUUUCACAAUAUACUACAGCUGAGGGUAAAAGGAAAAGAUUAGAAAAGAAGUUACAAAGACAAAGGCGUAAAAGGAAUCAAAUAAAUGGAAAUUUCCAUGGUUCAAGAAGAUCAUCGAUUUCAUCCUCAUUAUCAUCAGUCCGAAUUUCAGAUGAUUUUGAUGAAGAAAAUGGAUUUUACGAUUAUGAUGAGAAUGAUGGCUCAUUUAUUUAUGAUGAUACGAAUUUUAACAUUAUUGAUAAAUCAUUACCACCAAGACAAGAUGUGAAAUUUCAAAAAGAUUAUUGGAAAAAUAUUAAAGUUGGUGACGUUAUUCGUAUUCAUAAUAAUGACGAAAUACCUGCUGAUGUCGUGUUAUUAUCAACUUCGGAUGUUGAUGGGAAUUGUUAUGUAGAAACUAAGAAUUUGGAUGGUGAAACGAAUUUAAAGAUACGCCAAGCUUUAAAAUGUUCCUAUAAGAUUAAAAACUCUCAUGAUGUAGCUAGGACAAAAUUUUGGAUUGAAAGUGAAGGUCCGAAUCCAAAUCUUUACACUUAUCAAGGUAAUUUGAAAUGGAAUGAUUCUAUGGAAAAUGAAGUUAAAAAUGAACCAAUUACAAUCAAUGAAGUUUUGUUAAGAGGUUGCACCUUAAGAAACACAAAAUGGGCAAUGGGUAUUGUUGUCUUUACAGGUGAUGAUACAAAGAUUAUGUUAAAUUCAGGUACCACUCCAACAAAAAAAUCAAGAAUCUCAAGAGAGUUAAACCUAAGUGUUUUAAUAAAUUUCUUAUUACUAUUCAUCCUUUGUUUUAUAUCAGGUGUUGUUAAUGGUGUAAAUUAUGACAGACAUCCAAGAUCAAGAGACUUCUUUGAGUUUGGUACAGUGGCUGGUAACGCAGCAACCAAUGGGUUUGUUUCUUUUUGGGUUGCAGUCAUCCUUUAUCAAUCCUUAGUUCCCAUUUCUUUGUAUAUAUCCAUUGAAAUUAUCAAGACUGCACAAGCCGCAUUUAUUUAUGGUGAUGUAUUAUUAUACAAUGCUAAAUUAGAUUAUCCAUGUACGCCUAAAUCGUGGAAUAUAUCGGAUGAUUUAGGUCAAAUAGAAUACAUUUUUUCUGAUAAGACAGGGACAUUGACCCAGAAUAUUAUGGAAUUUAAAAAAUGCACAAUCAAUGGUGUAUCUUAUGGUAGAGCUUAUACAGAAGCACUUGCUGGGUUAAGGAAAAGAGAAGGUAUUGAUGUUGAAACUGAGCAACGUGAAGAAAAAAUACAAAUUGCCCAAGAUCGUGAAGUGAUGAUCAACGAAUUAAGGGGUAUGUCAGCUAAUUCUCAAUUUUGGCCUGAUGACAUUACCUUUGUAUCUAAGAAAUUUGUAAGAGAUUUGAAUGGCCAUAGUGGUGAUUUCCAACAAAAUUGCUGUCAACAUUUCUUCUUAGCAAUUGCAUUAUGCCACACAGUAUUAACUGAAGCAAGUAAAACUAAUCCAGAUAAAUUAGAAUUGAAAGCACAAUCACCAGAUGAAGCAGCUUUGGUUGGUACAGCAAGAGAUAUGGGAUUUAGCUUUAUCUCUAAAACAAAACAUGGUGUGGUUAUUGAACUAAUGGGUCAACAGAGAGAAUUUGAAAUUUUGAACGUUUUAGAAUUCAAUUCCAGCAGAAAGAGAAUGAGUGUUAUAGUUAAGAUCCCAGCGCAAGAUCCGGACGGAACUCCUACUGCAUUAUUAAUAUGUAAAGGUGCUGAUUCAGUAAUUUUCCAAAGAUUAUCUACUGUAGCUGGCUCAAAUGAUGAAAAACUGUUAGAAAACACAGCAAAACAUUUAGAAGAGUAUGCAAAGGAAGGGUUAAGAACAUUAUGUAUCGCACAACGUGAAAUAUCUUGGCAGGAAUAUUUAGAUUGGAAAGUUCAAUAUGAUGAGGCAGCGAGUUCGUUAAAUAACAGAGAAGAACAAAUAGAAAUUGCUUCAAAUGCAAUCGAAAAAGAUUUAAUAUUAUUGGGUGGUACUGCCAUUGAAGAUCGUUUACAAGAUGGUGUACCAGAAUCUAUUGAAUUAUUGGGUAAAGCUGGGAUUAAAUUAUGGGUAUUAACUGGUGAUAAGGUCGAAACUGCAAUUAAUAUCGGCUUUUCAUGUAAUCUUUUGAACAAUGAUAUGGAAUUAUUAAUCAUCAAAGCUGUGGGCGAUUCUAAUAUAAAGAGAGAAUUUGGAGAUGAACCAUUCGAAAUCACAGAGGGCUAUAUCCGUAAAUAUUUAAGGGAGAAAUUCGGCAUGAAUGGUAGCGUUGAUGAACUGGAGAUUGCUAAGAAACAACAUGAUGUACCUAAAGAAAACUACGGUGUUGUUAUAGACGGGGAAGCUUUGAAAUUAGCAUUAAGUAAUGAAGGCAUCAAGAGAGAGUUUCUGUUGUUAUGUAAAAACUGUAAAGCUGUACUAUGUUGUCGUGUUUCUCCAUCACAAAAAGCUGCAGUUGUUAAGUUAGUGAAAAACACGUUAGAUGUGAUGACCUUGGCUAUUGGUGAUGGUUCCAAUGAUGUGGCAAUGAUUCAAAGUGCUGAUGUUGGUGUCGGUAUUGCUGGUGAAGAAGGUCGCCAAGCAGUCAUGUGUUCUGAUUAUGCCAUUGGCCAAUUCAGAUAUUUAUCAAGACUAAUUUUGGUUCAUGGACGCUGGUCCUAUAAGAGAUUGAGUGAGAUGAUUCCUGGCUUUUUUUACAAAAAUGUUAUUUUCACAUUGGCAUUGUUCUGGUACGGUAUCUACAAUGACUUUGAUGGGUCGUAUCUAUUUGAAUAUACGUUCUUGACAUUUUAUAACCUGGCAUUUACAUCAUUACCAAUUAUUCUGUUGGGUGUAUUUGACCAAGACGUUAGUGAUACAAUCUCGAUGGUCAUGCCGCAAUUGUACCGUGUGGGAAUAUUACGAUUAGAAUGGAAACAAACCAAGUUUUUGUGGUAUAUGCUGGAUGGAUUCUAUCAAAGUGUUAUCAGUUUUUUCUUCCCUUAUUGUUUAUACUACAAGACGAUGAUUGUCCGUAAGGAUGGAUUGGGCUUAGACCAUCGUUAUUAUGUUGGUACAAUGAUUACCUGUAUCUGUGUUGUCUCUUGUAAUUUGUACAUUCUCAUGCAUCAAUAUCAUUGGGAUUGGUUCUGUGGUUUAUUUUUUUCUCUAUCAAUUUUAUUGUUUUUCUUCUGGACAGGUAUUUGGACGAGUUCUAUUACAAGUGGUGAAUUCUUAAAAGGUGGUGCACACGUUUUUAGUAGUGAUGUAUUCUGGGGAAUCGUUUUUGUGAGUGUCAUGUUUUGUCUAUUACCUAGGUUUAGUUAUGAUACUAUACAACGUAUAUUUUAUCCAAAGGAUGUGGAGAUUGUUAGAGAGAUGUGGAAGCGUGGUGAUUUUGACCACUACCCUCAAGGCUAUGAUCCUACAGACCCUUUAAGACCUCGAAUCACCAAACAUUUGCACAGUUAUGGAUAUGAUUACGAAAGUGGCCUCAAUAAGGCUUCUCGCCACGGUGGCGGGAUUGAUAUGAAUCGGAGUGAGAGUAUGGAUGGAUUCCGUGGAGAAGAUAUGGAUGGUAGAUUUGAGAGCAUAGAAAUGGACAGAUUGACUCCAGUGGAAAGUCUUCACACAAACGUUCCACUAGAUAAGGACCGUAAGGAAAAGCCACCAGGAGGAAGAAGUGGUAUCCAGUUGAUGGGGUCCCCGAGAGAAACAGAGGAUUUAUUGUACAGUGAACGUCUAGGAGGCUAUAUGGGGACCGACUCACCACUAGGCAUUGGCCACGACGACAAGAAGGACAAUAACCGCGUUGAUGUUCGUAGUAUACAUGAAACAACAAGCCUUGAACGAAGCAGAACAAUGAAGCUAGGAGAUGCAUCUACUAAUCCUUUCCUCAAUCAGGUAGACGGGGCCGAUUUGGCUGAUUGGAAAAUCUAG